GCCGUGGCCUACAUCGCCGGCUUCCUCCUGGAGGAGAGGGUGGUCUGCAACGAGCGCUUCGCCGAGGACGGCUCCCGCACCGUGGCGCAGGGCACGAAGCGGGAGGGCUGCACCAUCCUCUUCAUGAUGCUCUACUUCUUCGGCAUGGCCAGCUCCAUCUGGUGGGUCAUCCUCUCUCUCACCUGGUUCCUGGCCGCCGGCAUGAAGUGGGGCCACGAGGCCAUCGAGGCCAACUCCCAGUACUUCCACCUGGCCGCCUGGGCCGUGCCGGCCAUCAAGACCAUCACCAUCCUGGCCCUGGGGCAGGUGGACGGGGACGUCCUCAGCGGCGUCUGCUUCGUGGGCAUCAACAACGUGGACGCCUUGCGGGGCUUCGUGCUGGCCCCCUUGUUCGUCUACCUGUUCAUCGGCACCUCCUUCCUGCUGGCCGGCUUCGUGUCCCUCUUCAGGAUCCGGACCAUCAUGAAGCACGACGGCACCAAGACGGAAAAGCUGGAGAAGCUCAUGGUGAGGAUAGGCAUCUUCAGCGUCCUCUACACCGUCCCGGCCACCAUCGUCAUCGCCUGCUAUUUUUACGAGCAAGCUUUUAGGGAACAGUGGGAGAGGAGCUGGGUCACGCAGAGCUGUAAGAGCUACGCCAUCCCCUGCCCCAACAACCACGGCGGCCACCACCCGCACAUGAGCCCCGACUUC